AUGUCAUCAAAGAAGAAAACUCUUUUGAAAGUUAUCAUCUUGGGUGAUUCAGGUGUUGGUAAAACUUCAUUAAUGCAACAAUUUGUUAAUGGGAAAUUUAGUAAUCAAUAUAAAGCAACAAUUGGUGCUGAUUUUUUAACAAAAGAAUUAACUAUAGAUGAUAAAUCAGUUACAAUGCAAUUAUGGGAUACAGCAGGUCAAGAAAGAUUUCAAUCAUUAGGUGUUGCAUUUUAUAGAGGUGCUGAUUGUUGUGUAUUAGUUUAUGAUGUUACAAAUCAAAAAUCAUUUGAAAAUAUUUCAUUAUGGAAAGAUGAAUUUUUAAUUCAAGCAAAUGUUAAAAAUCCAGAAAAUUUCCCAUUUGUUAUUAUUGGUAAUAAAGUUGAUGUUGAUGAAAAUAAAAAAGUUAUAAAUAAUAAAAAAGCUCAACAAUUUGCAAAUAAUUUAGGUAAUUUACCUUUAUUUCAAACAAGUGCUAAAGAAGCUGUUAAUAUUGAUCAAGCAUUUGAUGUUAUAGCAAGAAAUGCAUUACAACAAGAAGAAAACGAUGAGUUUAAUGAUGAAUUUAACGAUGCCAUUAACAUUCAAUUGGAUGGUGAAAAUAACAAUUGUGCAUGUUGA